AUGGCUUUCACAAUUACCGCAUCUGUCUUUCGGAUACUGAUAGGGAUCCCCAUCUUUCUUCUUGGUUUCCGGGCUAUUGAUAUUCUCAACCGACCGUUUCCAUUGACGCAUGACCUAUCAACCAUCCUCUCGAACCAAACUCUUGCCCUCGAACUUCCCGGCCAUAGCAGUAUUAGUAUCGCGGCUGCCUACGUGCCGGCUUCACUCUACGAUCAUGGCCGUGCUGCUAUCUUCUGGGGUGGCUUGCUAGCUCUCGCGAGUGCUGUGGCUUACGCGAUGGAAAAAGCACAGCAUCAUAUCUUUUCCCAAUUGCUUGCGCUAGAUGAAGGCGUCAAAACAGUACCCAAAGGCCAAAAGUUGAAAUUCCAUGUCCAGGGCGUGCGAAGUCUGGAUCUGACUGGAUGGGUCAACGCUACUGGACCAAGAGAUACUUUUAUGGCAUGGUUAUUCUCCAUCUUUGCUGUUGUUGGAGUGUUAUAUCCAAUCAUAUUCGCUGGCUUACAGAAUUUCGCUAGCGAUAGUGUCGCCGAUCAGUUGCAGCGAUUCUCAACAAGUGGUACAAUGAACAGUACAGUCUUUGGAAACUCGAGCACCCAUGGAACUUAUACUCUUGAGAGCUGGGCUUGUCAGAUUGUGCCAUUGGUCUCGGGUCCCGUCAACACGACCAUUCCUACAAGAGCAAGAGCAAUCCUGAGUCAAUCAUGUCGCGACGCACACACCUCUCGCUACUUGUUGCUCAUCAUGCUGCCACUCACAAUCUUGAUGCUUCUAUCUAUCGCAAGACCGCAUUGGUUCACUUUUACAUUCGGAGCCGAGGACAAGCCAGCCUGGACGACAGUACCACUCGAUAACAACGACAAAGACAUUGACAGCGACGAAGAUGAUGAUGAUCCCAUGGCUGGUUUCGGCGGCAAUGCGAGAGAUCAAUGGCAACUGGAUUGA